GGCAGAGCCAAAAGGAUGGAGAAGAAGCAGAGAAGUGAAAAGUCACCAUGAGAAUCCUCUCCAACUAAUCUUAAAAUGACACCACAAAAUGAAUACAGGAGUAAAAGAACCAACAAGGAGACAGAGUGAAACAACACUCAAAAAGACAUAAACACAAAAGGGGCUAACUCUAUAGCCUGCUGAACCUCCCUCUAAAGAGGAAACAUAACUAAAUCAACCUUGUGAUGGAUCAAAUUGGAUUAUCCAAUUCUGAUCUUCAGAGUCUUGAAAUAUCCUGAUUCUACCUGGUUAUCCCAUUUGAUACCAACUCUGCAACUGUGAAAGAGAGAAAUUUUUGAUAGGGGAAAAUGAGAAGAGCAAAGGAGCAUCAAAAAGAAAUCAUGAUCCAGUUCCCAUCAAAAGACCUUCCAGGAAAGAUGAAAAGAAGACUGAUUACAGCUGCUUGGGAAAACCAGACAGAACCAUUGUGGGAAAAAAUAGAGCAUCGUUCGAAUUUUAAGCCAAUGUCCCACCUCAACCAACCCAUAGGCAGGACAUGUCUCAAACAACCACUCACAGUAACACAGUUUCCAAACACUCAAAAAACUGUGCUAAAGCCAUCUCUUAAUCCAAAGGAGAACUCCAAAAAAUUGACCUGCCCUGGCAAGUCGUAUACUAUGUCAGACUUGCCCUUAAAACGUUGCCCUAGUAACCAGUCCCAUAUGGAGCCUUUAUCAGGACCUGGGCACUUCCAGAAUAUUUUGCUUGACUGCAAUCACCAAACAGCCGAGGCCCAAAAGAUUCAGAUCCCAUCUGUACGUGGACACAGAGGUAAAGUUAAACAUAAAGCCCCCGUGAAGAAAGACUUCAAAGUCUUACCUGAGCACAAUGUGCCAAAGGGGACAACUCUAAAUGCCCUGGUGAGAUGCUUAAACUUUGCCCCCAAAUCUAAUGUUAUCUCAGCAUGUUUUUCUGAGUCUUUACCUAAAGCCAAUGGUUUAAAACCAUCAAACCAUGAGUGGACUAAGGAACAAGAAAUGAGAAAAUCUCUUUCUGGUUUCCAAAUUCCCACUUUCUCGCUUUGUAAUAAUGUUACCGAUGCAAGAAAUGCCCAUCCUUCCUACCCCACACAGUGGCCUACUCCCACUACAGAUAAACCACCACAUGAUAUAGACGAAUUAAUAUCAGCCCUGGGAUUAGAAACACCAAAAUUUGGACCAUGGCAACAUGCAGAAAAGGAGAAUUUUUCAGAUUUCCAACAAUGGGCCAAGUGCUCUUCUACAUGCCUAAACUACCGUUGUAUGCCAAUGGAUACGUUUGCAUCAUAACAAUCCCUCAAACUAACCAGAGCUCUACCAAGCUAAAUUCAACAAAAUGAGAAUAUGUAUAAGCCAGAGAUAAAGCGUCAGUCCACAAUGUUAGCCUGUAUACAGGUUUAUACAAUUAGACCAAGAGUUGUUCCACUGAUCUUAUCUACCUGAGUCAUCAUGAACACCCAUCUAUCUCUUCAUUGUUUCAUCUCCUAAAUAGGCUAUCAUCAAACACAGACAACUAGCUGAAACUAUGCAGCACCCUGAGAACAUCAGGCCAUUUUCUAAAAGUGCUUGACCAUUCAUGUGUGCAUAACUGGAGACAGACAGGGAAACUGAAGAAACGCUGUGCCCCGAGGAUACCAGGACAUUUCUCUAAUGAGUAUGGAACACCUGAACCAAACCAGAAAGAAACAAUGAAGCUGAAAAUCAAUGGCACUGUGCAUCCACCUGGCCAAGUUUCUAAUAUAGUUUGACCACUCUUUUCUCAACAUGGACAACCAUUCUGAAGAAAUAUUUUUCCCUGAGAACACCAGGCCUUUUUCUAACCAAACCUGACCAUCACCUUUUGGACAUGCAAAAAACAGACUCAGACAAGCAAGCUUAAGGACAUCCAAGAAUCUCUCUAAUGAACGUAGACCAUCUGAACAUUUCUUAACCAGACUGAAAUCAUCAUGUCAGGAAUCCCAGGCUACCUUCUCACUAAUACUGACUAACUACUAUGUAGAAGAUAAAUGGGUCCUCUGUCCCACACAGAAUUCAUUUUUAAUAAGUCUCAUUCACUGACCACAAAUAUGCCCCGAACCCCUUUUAUUGAGUUUGAUAUUACUCAUUCCCAUCUCCUUGGCA